AUGUCCCAGGGUGCCAAAGAACCAAAGGAGAUCGAGCGCAAGGGCUCGCAGAAGGCUGUCGCAAGCCUGGUCCUAGGCCUGGGCUUGGUUGCGGAGAGUCGCAGCGUUCAACUUGAUUUGAAGUUGUCUCGUCGUCAGAGGCGCGACGGGCUCAACUACCACUGCGUCGGGGACUGUGCAGUUCGGAUGCCUGUAGAGCCAGCCCUGUUUCUUGUGCAAAUGCCGAGCCUGCGACGUACCGCAGCUUGCGCACUGAUUCCUGCCAUUUGUGUGCUCGACUUCGUCCUCCGUGAUGUGGCCAAUGGCACCUACACUGCCUGGGUUGGAGGCCAGGCAGAGGUGAAAAGGCCGAUGGUCAGCGGCGUGGCCACUUGGGCCCAGUCUUCAGAACUGGCUGCGCAAACCCGUUACGUGCCUGGCCGGCGCUUGGCCGGGAAGCGCCGGGACAGCCGCCGGCCCUAUGUGCCUGAAGCGAACAACCGCCGCAAGAUUGCUUGGUUGCUGAUCCUUUCAGGCCUUGCCGGGUACCAGGCCGGGAGCGGUUUCUUGGAAGAGCGUUACGAGUCCAAUUCGGCUCCAGAGUUUGCCUACUCCUCUCCGGUGAUUCAGCAAGGAUGUGUGCUGAUGGCGCGGCCCGGUGAUACCUUCAUCGACCACCAGCAGUACUUCCACAAGUCCGCUAUUCUCGUCCUCAAUCAUGACGAUGAGUUCGAUAGAGGCAUCAUCGUCAACCGCCCCUCGGGUUUCAACACCCGUCAGCUCGGCUUGCCUGGCCCCGCAUGGAACAUCUGGUUCGGUGGCGACUGUGAGGGCCUCCGCGCACCCCACUAUACACGGGUCAAGACCUUCUGCUUGCACGUGUCAGCUGAGUUUGCAGAGAUGUCCAGGGAGGUUGAGAAGGGUGUGUACUUGAUCCGCUUCGACGAAGCGCAAGAUCUAGUCAAGCAGGGCCGUGCGACGCCUGACGACUUCAUGCUGUUCUUCGGCUACUGUGGCUGGACACGCAAUCAGCUUCAAAGAGAACUUGACGCAGGGGUCUGGAAAAUGGCCAGCAUUGACAGCCACAUCGUCGUGCGGGAGCUUCGGGAAGAGUCCAAAGAGUUGAGAGCUUUGCCGGAGAUUGGACUCGACGAUGGCAUCUCGCUCUGGCGCCAUUUGUAUUCGCGCGUGGAUGCGGAUAUGCCGCAGAAAGAUCCGCGAGAAAUGAGCAUGCUGGGCAUUGAUGCGGUGGAGGGCGAUGCUUUCGCCGAUGCCAUGCUUCGUCAGUGGUUGAUUCAGAAUCUGACACCCCCAUGA